GGUAUCGGACGGUCAUUGUUAUCCCGCCAGUGCUUUCGAGUGAACGCUCUACAGAGUGGUCAAAAAAUUCCCGGUUCCAAAUCGGACGCUUUCGGUGUGCGUUUCCGUGGCCGUGUGUUUGGUUACCCUUAACCGGUUAUCGUGCGUGGCGAAGAUGCGUAGCUAUCGACCCGGGACUGUAAACGGGAUCCGAGUCGGUGAUCGAAGAAGAUCAACAAGUAGGCGACCGAGCAACGGUCGGGGUGUCGUUAACUAAUUCGAACCUGCGGAACACCUCCGGACCCGGCCGACGGCGAGAAUUGAAAGUGACAACUUCAUUAGUCACCGUUCCGCCGCUCGAAGAUGGCGCCAGGAGUGAUGCAGCAGAAAGUGCCGUGAUGGGCAAGAGUGUUGCCGCUCCCAAGACGAACCUGUGACGGGGAGCUGCCACGGAUGUGUGUUUCGAAGGAUGGCCGCAAGUGAAGAGGAAUAGGCGGCGGAAGCCCAACGAGCCCACCCAAAACACGUGUUGGCAGCCGUGCUGUGGCCAAAGAGAGCGCGCGGGAGAGAGAGCGUGCCAAGACCUUAUUUAUGUUUGACCAGCUUCCCGGGCAGUGGAAGGGCGUCACGCGCAGCAUCGGCACCGUCAUGUCGCGGAACUGGAAGCAGUGCCUCGCCCGGGCAUCGAUAGCGAUUGACAACGACAAAUGGGCGCAAGCAUCGUCCACGGAACCGGACUGGCACGAGGAGACGCACAAAUACCGGCAGACACGGUACAGCUCGAGGCGCAUCCGGAAGCGCGUCAUCUUCAAGCAGGGCGACUGCAAUGUGAUCCAGGGCAAUAUGGCCAAGCGGCGCCGUCGGUACUUGCAGGACAUAUUCACCACGCUGGUGGACAUUCAGUGGCGCUGGACGCUGUUCGUGUUCGCGUGCUCCUUCAUCCUCAGCUGGCUGGGAUUCGGCGCUAUCUGGUAUCUGAUAGCCCUCAGCCACGGCGAUAUUCAAGCGGUCGGUGUUCUCAUUGCAGAUGAAAGCCACAAACCGUGCGUGACGUACAUUUACGGAUUCACCUCAGCGUUCCUGUACUCUCUCGAAACCCAGCAUACGAUAGGUUAUGGCAAUCGGUACAUCACCGAAGCGUGCCCGGAGGGCAUCUUCAUCCUCGCCCUGCAGAGCAUCACCGGGGUGUUCAUUCAAGCAUUUAUGGUCGGCAUCGUGUUUGCGAAGCUGUCGCGCCCGAAGAAGCGUGCCCAGACGCUGCUGUUCUCGAAGAACGCCGUCAUCUGCCACCGGGACGGGGUGCCCUGUUUGCUGUUCCGGGUCGGCGAUAUGCGCAAGAGCCACAUCAUUGAGGCGCACGUGACGGCCCAGAUCAUCCGGCGGAAGACUACCAAAGAGGGGGAGAUACUACCGUUCUACCAGCAAAACAUGGAGGUGAGCUGCGACGGUGGUGACGAUCGUCUGAUGUUCAUCUGGCCAACGAUCGUGGUGCACAAGAUCGAUCGCGACAGCCCGCUGUACAGCUUGUCCGCCCAGGAUAUGCUUCGGGAGCGGUUCGAGAUCGUCGUAAUGCUCGAGGGUGUGGUGGAAUCGACGGGCAUGACGACACAGGCGCGCAGCAGCUACCUGCCGUCGGAGAUCCUUUGGGGCCACCGCUUCGAGUCGGUCGUAUCGUUCAAGCGCGAAACGGGCGAAUAUGAGGUCGACUACACGACGUUCAACGAUACGUACGAAGUGGAUACGCCGCUCUGCAGUGCCCGCCAGCUGCACGACGUGAAGAAGGAGCUCAACAAACAGAACGGAGUCGAUGGGUCUUCCGAAAGUGAUGAAUCUGAUAGCUCGUCGGUGGAUAAUGGAUCGGCGGAUCGCAAGAACUCGCUCAGCAAUGGCUACCUACGCUUUGCGCCCGUCUAUUGCGGCCAGCAGGCGGGCGACCAAGUGGCGCUAAACAUAGCACCAGCGGACCCGGCCACGCUUCCCCCGACGGACCAAACGCAGACCGCGCCAUCGCCCGGUUCCGAACGCAAAAAGACUCCUCGGAAGCUGUCCAUCAAAGAGCCCUCGAUGGAUUCGCUCUGCUAGCACCCGAACCCCGGGCUCAAAUCGAUCAAACGCUCCGUGUGUUCGCGGAUCGGAUCGCGCGCGGAUGAUGGAACCGUUCUCGUGCUGUGCCGCGCAGUUGCGGUCGACAGGGCGGGCUUGCUGACACGGCGGUCCACGUGUGUUUUCUGGGCCAAACUUUGU